GCUUCCUGCCUGGCUGUCUGCUUCCUGCCUGACUGGCUGCUUCCCGCCAUAUAAAACCCCCACCUCUUCCUUUCUCCUCCAGUUCUGCCUUCUCCUCUGAAUCCUCGACGUCAGCCUGUGAAGGAAAAGAAAACCAGACAAAAUGGUGAGUGCUGACGCAGAUUAUAAAAUCAUUUAUGUAUUUAUUUCACGUGCUAUUCAAACGAAAAUGACAGGAUUAGAUUAGAUUAGGCUGAAAAACAUGUGGACGAUGGAUUCUGUUAUAUAAAGACCAUGUCUGAAAUCUGUUUUGCCUACUAAUUAAAAAACGUCACUAAUCGUUGUAAAUAGUAUUUAAAACGUACUGUUUAGUAAAACCUAAUGCAGUAAGAAACACAUCAACAUACUAAACUCACCCAUCCUGAGAAUGUCAUCUAAUGCGCAGUUGCGUUGAUUCCCGCCCUUAACUAUCACGUUAUCAGCAGAUUGUCUGCAUUGCCUCUUCUUCAUGUCGAUUUUAGUGUGCUAUGUAUACAACAGAUUAAGGGUAAAUGUGAUUUAGAAUAAUUUAGGUAAAAUUAUUUUAUUUUUAUUUUUGUGACAGAAUCUACAGCCGUACAUCCAAUGUGGGUCAGAUAUCAGUGUUCAACUCUCUGAGUCAUUGUUCUACUUGUUGAUAGACUAUCCACUGUUUAAAUAAAACACAUCUUAGAUACAGGACAAAAACAUGAAUUGCAGAUUUUUGUUAUUAUAUUAGAAAAAAUGUACUUUAUUUUUUAUGAGAUUUCGGCUCUUCAAAGAGGAGGAUGGCAUGAAGCUUAAAACGAGGAGAAGCAGUUUGGGAUUGUAGCCAUUUUCUGUGUGAGAGAAAUCUAUCGCUGUUUUACACUGCAGUUGGUGCGCAGCUUGGACCAGAGGGAGGGAGGAGAAGAGACAGAAGAGCGAAAAGGAGGGAGGGAAAAAAAACAGGAGAGAGGAGGAGGGUUGGCUCACAGGAACAAGGCACACCUUUUCCUCUCUGGUCCUCUGCUCUUAAAGAUACAGGGUCAUAAAAAAACGAUCUCUUGUCAAAUGGCAGAGGAUUUGCGAGAUGAUUUACCCAAGUGUCAUAAACCCAAGAUGGUGGCCAAGCAGAAUAGCCUAGCCAAUGGCCGCGUUCGAGAGCAUCAAAACAACUGCAGGCGACUGCCUGAUCUACAAGUUACCUUUCGUCAUAAAUAAUGACUAAUUAUUAUUUGUAGAUCAGUCAGUCUUAAUUUACCCAUGAUACAUUGCAUUUUUUUUAAUCCUCUUGAACACGGCCAAUGACAUUUGUUGAAAUGUCCCUUUGCUAAAUGGGUGGCCAGCUUGUAGUCCUAAAAAAACGUCAAUGAGAUACCUCAGGUUUGUUCAGCCAUCCAUCCCCAAGGAGAAAGUAAAUGGGGGAAGAAUAGGGUUUUGGAAUAGACACCAAAAAUAAGGUCUGAGGUUAACACAGGUUUAGGAGAUCUGAUACGUUCGGUUCUGAGGUAAGUCAGUUAACACAACCUUUAUGAAUUAUGAAGCCUUUAUGUGCUUUUUUAAAAUUAUUAUUACCAACUGUAAAUGCUUCAAAAUUCACAAAGUUAAUUUAGCUGAUGAAGAUUAUCUCAUAUAACAAAACGUAUAAGAUCUUCCUAAGCCUGUGUUUACCACAAAAACUUAUUUUCGGUGUUUAUCCAAAAACCCUAAACAUUUGCAAAGGCAUUAUUUGAUUCAAGUUUCCAUGUCGUUGAUCUCUUGUACCUUCUCUUUUUCAGCGUGAGUGUAUUUCUAUGCAUGUGGGCCAAGCCGGAGUCCAGAUGGGCAACGCCUGUUGGGAGCUGUACUGCCUGGAGCAUGGGAUCCAGCCGGACGGACAGAUGCCCAGCGACAAGACCCGUGGAGGUGGAGACGACUCCUUCAACACCUUCUUCAGUGAGACCGGAGCCGGAAAGCAUGUCCCACGUGCCAUCUUCGUUGAUCUGGAGCCCACUGUCAUCGGUAAGAUGAGACUCCUCUGAAAUCUUUGAAUGAGUUGAUUUGAUAUUCUGUCACAAGAUAUUCCAAAUAUUAGGAUAUUCUCAAUCUACCUUUGUCUUUCAGAUGAGGUGAGGACCGGUAUCUAUCGUCAGCUGUUCCAUCCCGAGCAGCUCAUUACGGGUAAGGAAGAUGCUGCCAACAACUACGCCCGCGGUCACUACACCAUCGGCAAGGAGAUCAUUGACAUCGUGCUAGACAGGACACGCAAACUGGUGAGUCAACUAGGGUUCUACAGGGAACCUUUUUCAUUCAACAAGAUUGUUCUAUGUUUUUUUUUGUGGGUCAAAAGGUUUGACCAGGAACAUAAAGGGUUAUUUUACAGGGACAAGUCGAAGAACCCUUUUAUGGUUCUAGGUAGAAAAUGCAAACAGGUUCUCCAUUUUAUUCUUACUAGCGUAACAUCAUAUUUAAUAAUGUUAUUGUACCAUUUCUCCAUUCAGGCUGAUCAGUGCACUGGGCUCCAGGGAUUCCUCAUCUUCCACAGCUUUGGAGGAGGCACUGGCUCAGGUUUCACCUCCCUGCUGAUGGAACGUCUGUCUGUCGACUACGGAAAGAAGUCUAAGCUUGAGUUCGCCGUUUACCCAGCUCCCCAGGUGUCCACAGCAGUGGUGGAGCCAUACAACUCCAUCCUGACCACCCACACCACCCUGGAGCACUCUGACUGUGCCUUCAUGGUGGACAAUGAGGCCAUCUAUGACAUCUGCCGCAGGAACCUCGACAUUGAGCGUCCCUCAUACACCAACCUCAACAGGCUCAUUGGCCAGAUCGUCUCCUCCAUCACUGCCUCCCUGCGAUUCGAUGGAGCCCUGAAUGUUGAUCUGACAGAGUUCCAGACCAACUUGGUGCCCUACCCCCGUAUCCACUUCCCUCUGGCCACCUAUGCCCCAGUCAUCUCCGCUGAGAAGGCCUAUCACGAGCAGCUGUCAGUUGCUGACAUCACCAACGCCUGCUUCGAGCCAGCCAAUCAGAUGGUGAAGUGUGACCCUCGUCACGGCAAAUACAUGGCCUGCUGUCUCCUGUACCGUGGUGACGUUGUUCCCAAAGAUGUCAACUCUGCCAUCGCUGCCAUCAAGACCAAGAGGAGUAUCCAGUUUGUGGACUGGUGUCCCACUGGCUUCAAGGUGGGGAUCAACUACCAGCCCCCUACGGUGGUUCCUGGAGGAGACUUGGCCAAGGUCCAGAGGGCUGUGUGCAUGCUGAGCAACACCACAGCCAUUGCUGAGGCCUGGGCCCGUCUGGACCACAAGUUUGACCUGAUGUACGCCAAGCGGGCCUUUGUGCACUGGUACGUUGGUGAGGGCAUGGAGGAGGGAGAGUUCUCUGAGGCCAGAGAAGACAUGGCAGCCCUGGAGAAGGAUUAUGAAGAGGUGGGCACUGACAGCGUGGGAGAAGAGGAUGAGGAGGGAGAGGAAUAUUAAAGGGUUAAACAAACUAGGUGUUAGCCACCCUACAUUCCAACCCUGACUGUUGGAGGCCUACACUUAACACGACAGCAACACAUUCCCCACUGCGGUGUUAACAGUCUCUGCUACAUCUAGUCAUGUUCUGUCUGUAUUCUCAAUAAACGCCACGUCUCUUGUCUAGACGAAAAAUAGAAUGUCAAAUGAGUUUGUUUUUUUGAUAUCUGUUGGACUUCUCGCAAAGGCCCCCUCCUACGGCCGUCGAUUUUUAUUAAGCUGCGCAAAUACUGUUGUAGCCUACUGAAGUGGCACAGGUAAAAAUCACUGCAUUUGUAGCCUAGGAGUGACUCAUUCAACUAUCAAUA